AUGGAAAGAUACCUCACAGAGGAUCCACCAACUCUUCCACAAGGCGCCACAAAUGUGUAUGUGGUUGGAAACUUCAUAACAUUGUGGCUAGCUUUGGAGAAUAAGUACAAGACUGAUGAGUCUGGGAUGCAGAAAUUCUCAAAUACGAAGUUUCUGAACUUCAAGAUGGUGGAUCCUAAACCAAUUAUGGAACAAGUGGAGGCUCUUCAACGCAUCUUUUUAGAGAUAGAGUUGGAAGAGAUGUCGAUAUGCAAUGUCUUCAAAAUGAAUUGCUUGAUCGAGAAGCUACCACCAGGCUGGUCGGAUUUCAAGCAUUACCUUAACUUCAAACGUGCUCAAAACCAGGGGCAUGAUGUACAUGUAGUUGAGCAUAAAGCCAAGCUGAAAGGUAAGGGUAAUAGGAUCUUUAUUCCUCAUAAUACCUUGAAAGCGUCAUCUGCAACAAACUUCAAGAAGAGCAACCUUGAGAGGAAGUUCAAAGGGAAGUGUCAUCAUUGUGGCAAGAUUGGGCACCAGGCUGAAGUUUGCAAAAGCAAAACCAAAGAUCUCAAGAUCCAGGCAUACCUAACUAAAGAAGACAUGGACUAUGUUCACCACCUAAGUGCAAACAAGCAGCUUUUCGUGGGAAACACGGCAGUGAUAAGAUUGAAGAAUGUGAAGCAUGUACCUGACAUGCGGAAGAAUCUCAUCUCUGGAACAAUGCUAAGCAAGAAUGGUUUCUCCGUUAAUUAUGAGUCUGAUAACUUCUGCUUCUGUUUCUGA